UUGGAAAAUCGUUUCUAUGCUUCACUAGGAUUUGGAGACUUACUAUUGACGAGUUUCUGAAUGUAUGGUUGAAAUUUUUUUGGAUUUUGUUCAUUUGGGUGAACUUUGCAAGUUCUCAAAGCAUAUUUUGAAAUUGGCGCAAGAACUAUAUGUAAUGAAAAGACUUUCAGUUUUUACAAUCUGGCUUGGAUUUGUGUGAUUUGUGGAGGACUCUUUGGGAGUUUUUGGUGGUUUUUGGGAGCAACUGAUUAAUAUCUGCAACUAAAGUCAUUAGAUUUGUUUGGUUCUGGUGGAAGCAGAAAGAUAAACACUGCUCUACUCAUAGCACUCACUGAUUUGUUUAUUCAAUCUGUCGGGGAAGCUUCUUAGUUUUCAUGAAGUUGAGUUAUGACUAAAUAUACCUUAUUUUUUAUUUUCUGUGAAAUAUUUAAUUUCUCUGAGGCAUCUUCAACCUUGAAGAAUUUGGCUCCAAAUUUUGAGUUAAUUCACUCUAUGGAUAAUAAUGUUUGAUUAUUUUAAUGCAGUAUAUUCUUGCACUAUUUUUAUGUCUGUUUAAAUUAACAUGCCUUUAUGUAAUUGCAGGGCUUCUGCUUGUGCUCCCAAGCUUCAGUUUUGAGAGAACCUUAAUAAUAUUCAAGAACUUUUUGAGAAUCUAACCAAAACUCUCUUGUUCAUUGCAUGCCUUAGUGCUAAUGGCAAAUAGAUGCCAUCCCUUAGUGUUUCUGGUGUUGGUUACUAUUUUACUUUCUAUCUAUCGUUCGGAGCAACUUCAAUCUUCCCAAUCUCAGACCCUUCUGAGAAUUCAGCAGUUAUUGAACUUUCCUGCAGCAUUAAGAAAUUGGAAUAACAGCACAGACUUUUGCAGCACAGAUUCAAACUCUUCUCUCACUGUAGAAUGCUAUGAAGACACCAUAACUCAACUGCACAUAAUAGGUGAAAGAAGAGCUCCACUUCUCCCUGGAAAUUUCUCAAUAGAUUCCUUAGUCACAACACUGGUAAGGCUUCCCAGUUUGAAAGUACUCACACUCGUUUCUCUUGGUAUAUGGGGUCCUUUGCCUAGUAAGAUUGGUCGUCUGUCAUCACUGGAAAUAGUUAAUGUGAGUUCGAAUUCUCUAUAUGGUUCCAUUCCUCCAGAACUUUCAUCACUGUCAAAUCUCCAAACACUCAUUCUUGACAACAACAUGUUUGCUGGCAAGCUUCCUGAUUGGCUUGAUACACUUCCAGCCUUAACUGUGUUGAGUUUGAAAAACAAUUUGUUGAAUGGUUCUCUACCAAAUUCGCUCGGUAACUUGGAGAAUUUGAGAAUUCUUUCACUUUCCCAUAAUCACUUUUAUGGGGUAGUACCUGAUUUGAGCCGUUUGACAAAUCUUCAAGUGCUGGAAUUGGAUGAUAAUGCUUUUGGACCUCAGUUUCCGCGGCUUGGUAAAAAGUUGGUUGCUCUUGUGCUAAGAAAUAAUAGGUUCAGGUCUGGUAUUCCUGCUGAAUUGAGCUCAUAUUAUCAGCUUGAGAGAUUGGAUAUCUCAUCAAAUACAUUUGUGGGGCCAUUUCAGCCAGCAUUGUUAUCACUUCCUUCUAUUUCUUAUAUGAACAUUUCUGGGAACAAAUUAACUGGGAUGCUUUUUGAGAAUCUGUCUUGCAAUUCCGAGCUUGAUGUUGUUGAUUUAUCCUCAAACCUUUUGACUGGGAGCUUACCUAGAUGUUUACUGUCAAAUUCCAGUGAUAGGAUUGUCCUGUAUGCUAGAAAUUGUCUAGAGAAAGCGAAUCAAAAUCAGAACCCUCCUCCCUUUUGCCACAACGAAGCCUUAGCUGUGGGAAUAUUACCUGACAGAAAGAAGCACAAACAAGUAUCUAAGGUAGUUCUUUCCCUUGGCAUAGUAGGUGGAGCUCUUGGAGGAGUAGCACUUGUUUUGCUGAUUUUCUUUAUUGUUAGAAGAGGAAAUGCCAAAAGCAAAAUGAAGAAUCCUCCAACAAGAUUAAUAUCAGAGAAUGCAGCUUCUGGAUAUACCUCUAAGUUGCUUUCUGAUGCAAGGUAUAUAUCUCAAACAAAGAAGUUUGGAGCGGUUGGCUUGCCAACUUAUCGAAGUUUCUCAUUGGAAGAUAUUCAGGCAGCUACAAACAACUUUGACACAGCUUCUUUAGUGGGUGAAGAUUCUUAUGGGCAGAUGUACAGAGGUCAACUGAAGAAUGGCACGUUUGUUCUUAUUAGAUGUGUAAAAAUGAAAAGAAGAUAUAGCACACAAAAUUUUAUGCAUCACAUAGAGCUGAUAUCAAAACUUAGGCAUCGUCAUUUAGUCAGCGCUCUUGGACAUUGCUUUGAAUGUUCUUUAGAUGAUUCAAGUGUCAGCAGAAUAUUUCUUGUCUUCGAAUACGUGUCAAAUGGAACACUCAGGAGCUGGAUUUCUGAUGGGCAUGCUAGAAAAUCACUGAGUUGGACCCAACGCAUAGGAGCUGCAAUUGAAGUAGCAAAGGGAAUCCAAUUUUUGCAUACAGGGAUUGUCCCUGGUGUAUAUUCCAACGAUCUUAAGAUAGAAGAUGUUUUGUUGGAUCAGAAUCUUGUUGCAAAAAUCAGCAGUUAUAACCUGCCUUUGUUAUCUAACAUGGGAAAGGUUCGGCAUGGAAGUUCUUCCAAUGGAUUAAAAAAUUCUAGCAUUAAUAUAAGGGUAAAACAUGAAGAUAAGUCUGAUAUGUACGACUUUGGAGUAAUACUGCUGGAACUCAUUCUAGGAAGGGCAAUAAAGUCAACGAAUGAUGCAGACGCUUUUAAGGAUCUGUUGCAAGCAAGCAUAGUAGCUGAUGAUGAGGCUAGGAGGAGAAUUGUUGAUGUUGAAGUUCGGAAGACAUGCUUGGAUCAAUCAUUGAAGACAAUGAUGGAGAUUUGCGUGAGGUGCCUGGUUAAAGAGCCAGCAGAUAGGCCUUCUAUAGAGGAUGUGUUGUGGAAUUUGCAAUUUGCUGCUCAAGUACAAGAUGCAUGGAGAGGGGAUUCAUUUAGUAAUUCUCACAGUAGUGAGGGGUCACCACCAGCCUCACCUCAAAGACUUGCCUUCCUUUAGUAUCAAUCCAGAAGUUUUCAUUUUUAUUUAUAUAUUUUUUUUGUAUUUUUCACUAUAAGCCUAAAAGAUUAAUGGCUGCAGUAUGUGAGCUUUAUAGUUUGCAGCAUCAGAAUAGUGUAAGUUCAAAGUUCUUCAUGUUGUAAUUCGUCUGCACAAAAUUACAAAAACUGCUGAGCUUCUAAUGAAGAACUGUAUU